AUGAAUUUGUACAGGAGCUUUGGCAAUCUUCUGGAGAUCUGGGUGACUGAGAGUGGACCCCCCAACACCAUCUCAGACCCCCAGGAGGGGGUAGCUUUGGAGGGCCAGUGGGAAGGGGGUGACUCUGGAGAUUCCCUCACCCUUUCAGGGACAACUUCCAUGUCUAAAUCUGACGUGGGGACACUGGUGCGGUCUGAUACAGAGGAUUCUGGGAUGGAGAUAACCAGCUCUGAGGCUUCUCUCCCCUCCUCCCCUCCCUCUGUGUGCAUGGGUAAUACAGCUAUUGAUCCUGUCUCAACAACUUCAUUCAGGGACGAGGAUGGACUCCCCUCUACCUCUCCUCCAUGCUCUCCUGUCCUCUCUCUGCCAUCCUCCUGCUCCUCUUCCUCCCUGUCCCUCUGCCUCAGGACCAGGGCUCAGGGGCACAGGGAGCUGGCUGCGGUCAUGCACCGAAAUGUGGAGCAGGCACUGAGGAAGACAGACGCAGGUGGCAGGUGGCAGGUCCUGAGGCCUGUAGACAGAGGCGCUGCGCCCCGACGGCAGUGUCACAUGGCUUCACUACCCUCAAUGCACCCCGUGACCCAUAUCCAGAGGGCAGGUCACAGGUCAGCGAGCGCUGGUCUGAGGAGGACAGUCAGCCUGUCAGUCGUGGAUGAACAGGCCUCAACAGAGCUGCUGCAGCACAGAGGAGGCCUCUCCCCACAUCACAACACUCUGCCUGCUCAGACAGACACAGAGGUGGGUUUAUAUUGAAAGGAGUUGUUUACUUCAAUCUUAUGAUUCUCUGACUGUUUUCAUUCAAAAUAAUCUAGUUUGAGACUGAGACAGAGUGAUCCAUAGUGCCGGGUUUUUCCCCAAAGCCUCAGCCAUCUGAUUGUUUGGCAAUUUUUUCCUCUUCAUGGUUUGUAUAUGGGACAUCUUCAGUAGUCAUUGGAAAUAUUAUUUCCAAAUGUAUUGAGCAAACAUUAAUAUCUGAUUGUUAUCACAUAUGUUGUUAUGACAUACGUUAUCACGCAAUAUGCCGGACGGAAGUCCAUUGUCAUGUUCAAGCAGUGUACCGUCCAUAAAUCAUGAUGUUUCAUGUCUGUUUUUACAAUGGACUGAAGGAAAGUCAGGGAGGUGUAAUGAGCCUUUACCCUUUAUCACAAUUAACGUUUGCAACACACACACACACACACACAAACAGACACAGCGCUAGAAAGGAAGACAAACACUUAAUUACAUUGACUGAAUCCCUUUCAUACAUUUUAGUCAUUUCAUACCUGUGGGUUGUCAUUGUUCAUAUUGUAGUGUGUCAGACUGUGAACCAGUCUUUCCAGGUGAGCAGUCAGCCACUGGCAUAAGUGGAAUGGAGCCAACCUGGUGCAGUGCUGCCUAGGCAGAUGGAUUAUGUGGGUGUUGUGUUGAGCAGUCUGCUGUGUUGUUGAUAAGAUUUUGACGGACAUGUCACAGUUCUGUGUCAGAUGGCGAAGAGAGGGCAGUCCCAUUGGGGGAAAUCCUUUAUUUACAGAUUUUGGCCGAGAUAAUAUUUUAUCCUUAUACAAAUUGUCAGUCUUCUGCCCCAAGGAUUCCUCUUUGAAAUGUUAUUAUCCAAAGGUCAUGUAGAGUGUUGACAAUGGUUGGUGAAAUGAAGUAGAUGAUAUAGGAACAUUAGGUCUCAAAUGGAGAUAUUAGUCAGUAUACCUCCGGAACAUUAGGUCUCAAAUGGAGAUAUUAGUCAGUAUACCUCCGGAACAUUAGGUCUCAAAUGGAGAUAUUAGUCAGUAUACCUCCGGAACAUUAGGUCUCAAAUGGAGAUAUUAGUCAGUAUACCUCCGGAACAUUAGGUCUCAAAUGGAGAUAUUAGUCAGUAUACGUGGAGGUCUUUGCUCUCGGCAGGACUCAGAUAGGGUGCUGUGUGUUCAUCAGGCAGGCAAAGGCCAGUUAAAGGCCACCUCAUUAGUUGAGCUCUCUUUGGGGAAGAAAUAUACAGUAUUUCAUGCUCCUAAUGACUGUGCACUUUAUUUAGUCACUAAUCAGCAAUGAAAAUAUCAAGUGUGCUGCCCCAUAAGUCAUAACAUUAGAUUGCUACUCUAUUCUAUUCUAUUCUAUUCAGAGCAAUACAUGUUUUGUGAAGUAAUACGCCAGAGUUAAUUUACUGUGUACUUUCCCAUGUGCACUGUUACCUUCCAUGUGUAAGUCUCUGCAUGUGUCGUCUUUACAGAUCAGGCAGAAGGAUGUGUGUGAGGGAGCGUAUGAGGGGCUCACCCCAGGGCUGGGGUACCUGGAGCAUGUGUGCCGGAUGUUGGAGGAGAUUGCUAGGCUACAGAUGCAUAACCAGAGGUUACAGGUGGAGAUGGAGGCUCUCCAGGAGCAGCAGGAGAGCAGGGUAAGAGGAUAUGUUGACAUUUGACAUAUCUGGGUCAUGUGGAUGAAGCUACUAAUAAGUCAGUAUUUGAGUUGCUUUGCUGUGAGCAUUGACAUAGUCAGUAUAGCAGGUAAUUAUUAAUCAACAUUUGACAUGCUGUUUCUAUCCAUAUAGAAUUCAGAACACAACCAUUGUGACUGCAAGGCUGCUGAGGAGGGUGGCCGCUCUUCCAAUGAAAGACGACUUGAUGCCAAAGAUUAUGUUGAGGACUUACCCUGCCAAUCAUCUCAAAAUAAUAGUAACAUGCAUCAGCAUUUUCGACGGAGGUCAGCAUCGGACACAAGACUCAUGGUGGGAUAUCUGAGUGAGUGACCCUCCAAUUUUACUUCCCUGAGUGUACACUGCGAAUCACUGUGUCAUCAUUGGUUUAUUUGGGUUGAAACUGAGGGUUGUGAGUUGUGUGUGUUUUAGGGAAGGUGAAGGAAGAGUCUGGACGGCGGUACCUGAGUAUAGAGGAUCUGCUUGAACAGCCCGAGGAUGACAAAAAGCAGGUAAGAUGAUGUAAACUAAACUCAAAUGCAUGCACACACGCACACACACACACACACACACACACACACACACACACACACACACACACACACACACACACACACACACACGCAUGCAGGUAUGCAUGGACACACUUGCACACACACUUGCGCAAAUUGUACACACACUCAAAUAGACACAUAAUUAAGCUGUAUUGUCGUAUUUGUGUGUGUGUCGAGUAUGUCUGUAUGAAAGUAUGCUUGUGCCUAUGUGUUUUUUGAAUGAGUCUGCAUAUAUGUCUAUAUUGACAACUAUCUAUGUGCCUCUCCAGGAGAAAGAAGGACCAGGAAAGAAAGAACAGCAAAGUAGGAUUAAGACCUGGAAGCUGAAGAUUGGCUCUCUGAGGAGGGAGACCACAGAGAAAACCAGGUGAGACGACAGCGACACCUGGAGGACAGUGUGUGUUGUGUCAUACUACAUGAUGCACUUUUGAAAAAUAUCCAUGCUGCUCUAACAUGGCAGCCAAAUGGGAAUGAUUCACUGUUGUGAAUAGAUAAUGCACAGUGUGCUCAGAGGAGCACAGACUUAGCCUAGGCAUCUGUUCAUGAAAAUUCACUUGGACCCAUCCCAAAUGACCUCUUUGUUUACAAUCACUCACAGGCUUACUGUGCAUUGAGGAAUUAUGUAUUAAGACUUAAAUAUUCCAUCCAUGCAAUCUUUAAUAGUUCUGGUGUAUGAUUUUUCUUCCACAUAAAGCCAACAGAUUCAUUCAUCCGUGAAGAAGGCUAGCGGGCGUCGGUUGGGACAGCUUUUCAGGAGGAGAAGGAAAACUGUGCCAGAAUGA